AUGGACUUCAUCGUUAGAUUUACACAGUCUCAUGAGACAUUUCGUGUUCCUGAGAUAGAGGCCCUGGCAUCCCCCUUUUGCAUCGUCACCCUCCCCUCAGAAGAUGCCGCCAAGCGCCUAAUCCACCGCUCCAUCCUCGUCCAAGCUAUCUACGAGCACUGGGCCUCCUCCACCACCCUCCCCGCCCUCCAAGACCAAAUCAAACUCACCAAAAACCACCUCCGCCCGGAAUAUCAAACCUGCUCCUUCAAGUUCACCUUCGACUCCUUCCAAGGAACGCGCACCCACGCCGCCAAAGUCGCCAUCAUCAACUCCUUCGCCUUCCUCGCCUUCCAGGGCCCCAUAGUCCUGCGGAACCCGGACGAGGAAUUCGUCGUGCUCGAGGAAUGGAAGAGCAAGAGUACCGUGUUGGGGAUUACCGAACCGGAGAGGUUGUAUUUCGGACGUCUUGUAGGGGGAGGGGCGAGGGAUUUGGCGGGCGUUUAUACCCUUAAGAAGAGGGGGUAUAUUAGCACGACGUCCAUGGACUCAGAACUUGCCCUCGUGACGGCGAAUAUUGCCCUCGCCGCCCCCGGGAAAAUGUUUUACGACCCUUUCGUAGGAACGGGGAGUUUCCCCAUUGCGUGUUCGCACUUUGGCGCGCUGUCGUUCGGUAGCGAUAUUGAUGGGCGCGCCAUUCGCGGGCAGGGCAAAGCCAAGAGCGUCAGGGGAAACUUUAAGCAGUAUGGCAUCGAGUACCUGCUUGGGGGAAUGUUCGUCGCCGAUUUAACGAACACGCCGAUUCGCGUGUCUCCCGACAGGCGGAUAUUCGACGGCAUAGUGUGCGAUCCUCCCUAUGGCGUGAGAGAAGGGUUAAAGGUGCUGGGAUGUAGGGAUCCGGAGAAGAUGCCUUGGUCUGUCGAAGCCGGCAAGGAGCGAUCCCAUCUACCGGAUUAUAUCCCGCCCAAGAAACCGUACAGCUUCCUCGCGAUGCUGGACGACAUCCUCGCCUUCUCGGCAGCUACGCUCGUUGACAACGGCCGUCUCGCUUUCUGGAUGCCCACAGCCAACGACGAGGCUGAAGAGAUCAAGAUACCUUCUCACCCGUGCUUUGAGGUCGUUGCGGUGUGCAGUCAAGAAUUCAACAAAUGGUCAAGAAAACUCAUUGCAUAUCGAAGGAUUCCCGACUCCGAUGUAAGCAAAGACGCCCUUGAGGCCUGGACAAAUCGCCAAAUCCAAAAGGAAGAGGGCACGACAGCAAAUGAGCUGAAUCCCUUCCGACGCAUGUACUUUACGAGGUUCGAGUCACAGUGA